AUGGCUCCGUCCAAAACUGGCAAAGCAUCCACCAAGUCAUCGAAAAAAGAAAAGAUUUUUCAUCCCCAAUCAAGAAAAGCUGAUCAGCUUUCGCGAAAAGCUUUGCGGAAAGACAAGUUGGUUUCGCUAGUAUCUAGUCGGAAUAAAAAACAUGACAUACUCGCCGACUUCUACGGAUUUUUCUAUCACUCAAUGCCCGCAGAAGGUACUUUGACAUUGGAAGAAUUACAUAGCCUCAUAGCGGAUGUAUGGCUCAAGCGAUACGAUGAAGAAUUGGAGACUGAACGUGCUGCACGGCGGAAAGGUAGACCGAAGAGUGUGAAGGAGAGCAAAUUAGAGGAAUUGAUAUUGAGGGAAUCGGAGCAAUAUCGAACGGGGUUUGAGGUAAUCGACCUAACGCAUCCAGAAAAUGUCACAUUAUUCCGAACGUGGGAUCAGAAAGAGGUCCCGUUUAUCGACCUACUACGGUUUAUACGCAUAUGCAGCGCCAGUCCGAACACAUUCGUCAUUUCGCGACCUGGUAAACAUUAUUCGAUAACGAAGGACCCUUUGGCUCAGAGCCUUCCUAAUUCAGGGGAUAUGGAGUUGGAUACAUAG